AACUAGGAAUUUUCAAUCAUAAAAUUAAUGUGCACUAUUGUGUUUUUGAAAAUGAAAAAACAAAAUUUUCCGCUGGACUUUGAAUCAUGUUUCGGGCGGGAUCAAUUUUUUUAUAUUGCGACCUGUUUGGUUCACAUUAGCGAAACGUAAGACCUUUUUUUUCUGGAAACGCCCCAACAUGCUUUAGGAAUGAUGGAUUUAAUGUUGCUUCAAUUAAUUUCUUACUUGGAUGUCUGGAUAUAUCAAAGAGUGGAGUAAACAAAACGGAACUUAUCUAAGCAAUGAUGACCAUGAAAUUGAACUAAUUUGACAUGCAGCCAAAGUAAUAAGGACAGGAGAAGCUUAGAGUGUAAUAAAAUACACUUACCUGACUGUUUGACAUUGAAUAGAGCUAUGUCCAGAGUCAGAGCCAAGUACAAGUCUAUCUGACCGUCAAGAUGAUUUGUCUUUACUUAGAACUUAUGCUAUUAUUGGUCAACCUAGAAGGUGUUAUAUCCAACCUGACUAUUGACCAGAUCAUCAGUAGUGUUGCCAAUUCAAGGCCAGGCCACCGAGGGGCGAGUCCUCAUUCCUCGGUAAUGAUCUACGAGAUGGAUAUAGUGCUUACUUCUGACCAGUAUCGUUACAUCAAGACUAACAGCGACAGAACGCCGCCAGUUGCCGGAAAAUCCCAAAGGAAGAAACGCAAAGCUCUCAAGACACCAGUGUUUCGCUGGCCCAACAAGAUAAUUCCUUAUAAAAUGUUGCCUAUCUUUACCUUGGAAGACGAGCAGGUCAUCAAGGAUUCAAUGGAGGAAUGGGAAACGUAUACCUGCGUCAGGUUCAGAAAGGCAUCAAACGAGGAUGUUAACUUCCUCGUCAUCGGCAGCGGCGACGGCUGCUAUUCGUACAUCGGAAUGAACGGCGGCGCCCAGUUUCUGAGCCUGGCGCCAGGGUGUGUGCUUAAGCCUAUCGUGGUGCACGAGCUCGGUCACGCCGUGGGGUUCUUCCACGAGCAGAGCCGCCCUGACCGCGACGACUACAUCACCAUCGUCACGGAGAACGUGGAGUCGAACAAGCUGAGCAACUUCGAAAAGAUUCCUCUAUCAAGCGUGGACACGUUCAGAGUCCCAUACGACUACACCAGCGUUAUGCACUACGGGAGUACGUACUUCUCCAAAAAUGGGCUCACCACCAUCAGAACCAAAAACCCCAGCUUUCAGGACGUCAUUGGAAACAGCAAAGGUCUGAGCUUCAUGGAUAUCAAGUUAGCAAACUUAAUGUACACAUGCCAGGAAGGCUGUCCGUUUGUCAAAUGCCCGGAGCAAGGGUUUAUUGGCCAAGAUUGCAACUGCUGGUGUCCUGGAGAUUCGUCCACGGUGGUCACGAGAUGUGAAGCAUCAAAAGGGAUUUCUCGAGUGUCAUCAACCCCUGAGGUCAUAAGACCAAGAACCCCGAACCCAAUCCUUCCAGAACCGACGCCUGAACCAGCUUGCUUGGAUGCAGAUGAAACAUGUCAGUAUUAUUCGAAGCUCAGACUUUGUCAGACCAGGUACGAUGUUAGAGCCUCGUGUCCAGUUUCUUGUGGCUCGUGUCCAGAAAUGUGUCGCGAUAGACUUUUACAGUGUGAGGAACUAAGAUACUUUGGCUACUGUGAGAUUCUACAAGACUACAUGGCAUACAGCUGUCCACUCACGUGCAAUCUAUGCUAUCUAUAAUAAUAGCUCUGAAAAAUUUGAAGAUAAUUCAAUUCAGAAUAAAAAUAUUUAUAAAAAAAAAAGCUUAUCUAAUUUAAAGAACUCCGUACUUAAAACUGUAUAUCUCAAUAAUGUGGAAGUUAUUUCCCUUAUUUGAUAUAAAAUAUUACCAAUAAUUAAUUGAUUAAUUGGUAAGACUUCCCAUCGAAUGCCCCUAGUUUUUCAGUCAAUUAUUUGGCAGCUGUCUAUCCGCACGUAUGAUGACGCACUGACGUGACCUCGCCGGCGCGCGCGCGCUCUCCCAGUCACUGUCCCUCUCUC